AUGUUGGCAAUGUCUAGUCUAAUUUGCCCUAAUUUUGGAUGGGAGUAUCCCUUAGAAUUAGGGACAUACCAAAACUUUGAUACAUUUGAUUUAGAUUAUGUAUUUCUUCCUAAUAGUUGUGAUUCAACUCAAGAUUACCAUGAAAAUCAAAAUGAAUCGCCACAAAGUACAAAUUCACACGGCAAUACGAGUUCAAUUAAUCAUUAUGAUAAUGUAAAUCGUAGUGAAUCACUACAAGGUAAUACGAGUUCAACGGAUCAAUUUGAUGAUCCAAAAUUAGUGAAGAAGUUUAAUCAUAAUGCAAGUGAAAGAGAAAGAAGAAAAAAGAUUAAUAGCAUGUAUGCGUCUCUACGUGCCUUGCUUCCUACAACCAAUCAAAAGAGAAAACCAAGCAUUCCAACAACAGUUGCAAGGGUGCUAGAAUAUAUACCUCAGCUACAAAAUGAAGUGAAGAAUUUAACUCAAAAAAAGGAACUUCUUUUAUCAAAAAUGGGAGCAUUUCAUGAAGAAAAAUGUGAAAUAAAUCCUAUUAUUAAUAAUAAGGAAACAUCAUCUAAUUGUUUAAUAUCUACAAAUAAAUUGGGAAAUCAAGAAAUGGUGAUCCAAAUAUCAGCAUUUGAGAGAACACCAAUUUAUGAAGCACUUCUUUUUCUUGAAAAGAAUCAUCAUUUUGUCAUUGAUGUUAAUUCUUUUCAAUCCUUUGGAGGAAGGACAUUCUACAAUAUACAUUUAUGGGUGGAAGGAAACUAUACCGUGAACUUAGAAAAGUUGAAAGAGGUCCUCACAUUCCAUGGCGAAUCUUGA